AUGGCGGCGAAAUGUGGAGAAGUUGUUUUCAAGGCUGGCGAGGUAUGAGAUAACAGAUUUUAGAAAUAUUUCAACAGUUAUGCUUGUAUUUUGUGUUGCUUCUUUAUAUUCGUUUAUCAAAUUUAUUUUGAGGGUUUAAACUUUGGGCACACUGUGCUCUUGUCAAGACGUUUUCAUUUAUCUAUAGUCCGCCGUCUGUUCUUUUCAUCCCCUGGUGGUUCUUGAGUUUUAGCGGUUAUUAAUGUUAUUUAUCUCUUACCUUGCUUUGAAGAGUUACCUGUCAUGUAGCACUGAAUUGCUUUGUCUUGCUGGUGACCCCUAUUUAACCAUAAAAAACUGCCAUCGUCGAGUUUUAUUUUAUAUCAAGUCAAGGAAAAGAUGUAAACUUAUGCUAACAUUCUAUUGCUCAGGUUUUCUCCGUCAAGUCAUCAAAAAUUAAAAAAAAAUCGAAAUCCUUCAAUAAAUAAAUCCCGAAUGAAAAUGAAGAUGAAUAUGGAAACAGCAGCCUAGACAGGGUUUAAGCCUAUGUGUUUUUUUAUAUGCAAAGUAAUUGGAGAAAUGUUUUACCCAAAUUUAUAGAGUUUUGUAUAGAGUUGCCAUUUUGUUGUCCCUCUCAGGGUCACCAGUAUGGACCAAUAUGGCAGCUGUCACUGAGUUUUGCUUUGGAAGCAUGAAUUUAUCACCCCAAACUGAAGCUUCAACUUCCUCUCCCAGAGAUCAAAACCCCCCUGUGCAUUUGAAGUUUUGAAAUUGAAAAUUUGAACAGAAACUAUAUUAUCUUUUAACUACCGAUGUAGCUUUCUAAAUACUCUUGGAGCUGAGUCUGCAGACAGAGGAAAGCUUGUAUAAUUCUUUCCAGACUCGCCAUGUUGGCGUACACAAUAAUUAAUUUUUUAUCAUGCCUCUUGCCGGCAGGAAGACAGAUCACAAGAAAUUAAGGCCAGGGUUGAAAUUCCCCAUCCCCUGUCCCUCAAAAAAAAAAAAAAAGAAUAACCCAAAGUCCCUGGGUUUGGAUUCCUCAUGUUUGCACUGGUAUGCUAUAGGUCACUAUGUUUCACUAAUGUGCACAAUAAUUGUAAUAUUAUUGACUAACACGUCUGAAAUUAUUAAUUCUUUAAGGAUGGUAAUGAGUCAGAUAUCUGGGAUGACACUGCCUUAAUAGAAGCUUACGAUCGAGCAAUAAGUGCUAUAAAGGUAUGGUAGUUAAAGACGACUUAGUCGCUUUUAUUAAUUUUGUAAAAUUAAUCUAAAAUGUUCACUUGGAGUGUUACUGCUUCCCGUUGGGAUCUUCCUUACGGUAGCUUUGGCUUUACUGCAGCCAGUUUCCAUUCUAAACACAAAAUGUCAUUGAUAAAAAAACAAAAAUAAAAACAUGGGAAAUCAGUUGAACUACCGGAAAAUUCCGAAAAUAAGCCCCGGGGCUUAUAUCUUUCAAAGGCCCUUUUUGAGGGGCUUAUCUACGGAGGGAUAUUUGCGUUUCAAAAUCGAUUGGGCUAGGCUUAUAGUUGAAAGUAAAUUUGCCAUUUUUGCUUUGUUUUCUUUGUAUUUGAGGGCAAUAUGUCCAAGUACAAGCCCCCGGAGAGCUUAUAUCUGGAGGGGCGAUUUAACGGGGGGUCUUUUUGCGUUACCGGUUUGGGGGGCUCAUAUUUGGAGGGGCUUAUUUUCGGAAUUUUACGGUUUACCAUUUUUGUCAGGUGCAGAUUGAAGUUUCAGAAAAAGCAAUUUUUUCUGACCUAAGUUUCCAUACUAACUUGAUGAUGUCAUUGUCAGUAAAUGCUGUCAAGUUUUGAGAUUUCUACAUGUUCAUUUUUCAAGUUAUUCUUAUAAUAUUAUCUUGAGUCGUACUAAUUCUAAAGUAAUUCUUUAAAAGAAGAGUUAUUCAGAAGUAAAUUUUAAAAGUUACAAUGGUAUUCAUUAUUUUUGUUUGUUUUGCCGUGAAAAUGAACAGAAAGGAGGAAAGAAUGGUGGUUCAAAGAGUAAGGGCAAUGGAAAACACAGGUAUGAAGCAAACCAAAAGUGUGUGUUAGCUGUUAUAAUACCCUCCAUUUAUUUUGUAAAAACGCUUGUUUUCAAAACUUUUUUGGUUGUCUUGAAGGUGAAACACUGUUGAGAUUUAUGUUGAUUGAUGAAUUAUUAUUUUUAAAAGGAAAAACCAAGCUUCAAAAAAGAAGGACAAUAAAAAGAAGGCUGCAGAACAGGUAACACUUUUGUUUCUUAGCAGCAAAAGACAGUACUGUUUCAUUUUAAAAUAUUUAAAAAUUCAAAUGUCCAGCUCAACAGAUUAUUACUCUCAGCCAGGGAAAGGAAACAAAGAAUAAUUUUUAAUGCUACUCGUACUUCUUGAACGUUAAAAUAAUCUAUUACUUGUACUUGCAUGCCAACACGUCCUGAAGAGGAAAUGCGUGCGACCAUUCAAAUUUCAAUUAGUAUUGUUGUGAAGUAGAAUCCCUCCUUUCUUGUUUUUAUUUUGUUACCAGUACUUUCAGAUGAUAUGUGGGCUAAGAUGCAAUUUGUCUGGCAUAAUAACACCCAGUCUCUUUUGAGAUUUUCUUCAUCAGACAACACUUUUCUUAUAAUAUAUUGUUAACCUGUGUGGCUGGUGGAAAAAGAGGAAGGGGAGGGGGAGAUAAUUUGUCACCUACUUAUUUUUUUUUGUCUCUGUUUUAAAUUUUCUAGUAAGAGAACCCUGAGUAGUGGUUGAGUGAAUACAAAGUAGUUAGCAUAGUCACAAGUGAGGCCUUGUUAAAGUAAAAUUCUGACAAGCAACAUGGCCCUGAAACAGACUUAUAAAUUAAAGGGUGAUGAAAUGCUGACAAACAACAUAAUUAAGUGGAUUGAAACUCUGAUGGUGAUGAGGACAAUCCCAAAUACAGCGUUCAAUACCAGUAGUAAAAUGCUGACAGGGAUAGAGCCUCCUCCUCCUCAAUGCAUAAAACAAAAUUUAAGGUAGGGAUAUAUGCCGCUGACCCCUUGUAGAGAGCCUCACAAGUAUAAAAAUGCUUUUAUCAGCAACUAACAAAUUCCUUAUUCACUAAAUCAAUUAUAUUUUCAGUGGCAUGUUGGUGAUAGUUGCCGAGCUGUUUUCUCAGAGGAUGAACUAAUCUAUGAUGCUGUAAUAAUUUCAAUUGAUGCCAAUUCCAAAACUUGUGUGGUAAAAUUUUGUGGGUAUGGUAACACAGAAGAACAGUACUUAGAUGAUUUACUACUACCCAUAUCUAAGAAGAACAGAAAGUCUUCAAAACCCUCUAGUAGUCAACCUGUCUGGCCGACAUCCCCAGGACAACAGGUAAUAAUAAUUAUUAAUUUUUAUGUAACAUUGCAUUUGGAAGAAAAGUCGAGUAACUUUUUAUGACAUAAUGUGUCAUUAUGACCCAUUAUCCAGCGGUUAGACUGUUAAUCGUUAGUGUCGAGGUUACUGGCCCAAAGCUAAGUGUUACCUCCAUGACAACUUGUUCUAAAAUUUGUCCAGUUUCUUCUGACAAGAAGAAGACAAGACAGUGUUAAAAUUAUUGGGUAUCUUGUGAACAGGCUUAUUACUGUAUUUUUUUAUUCAGCCAUAAACUGAGACCCUAAACUUUGAAUGUGUAGUCACUAGAAUCAGCAUAACCAAGAAUGAAAAACAAAUCGAAAACACCUGGCUAUAAGCUGAGACCCAUUCAUUACAAGACUUUUAACUACGGUAAAACCUAAUACUUUUUUGAAAAAUGUAACCUUCCCCCAUGAAAAAGUUCAUAAGGCUGUCCAUUCUCUUGCUUUAUAUUUGUAGAUACCUUGUUCACACCAGUAAACAGUGCAAAAACUGGGUGUAACUAGCAUUUCCCUAUCAUUUCACCUUGUCACAUUCUGAUUUACAAAUGAAAAUGUAUUAGUUCAUGGGUAGGCUGGAUAUCAAAGGGGAAAUCUGUCAUAAAAGAAAAAAAACAGCAACAACAACAACAAAAGCCUGGUUCUAGUCUCAUGAUACAAAUAUGGGACAUCGUACAAAACAGCCUUAUUUCUAACAUUCAGUGCCCAGCAAAACUCUCUAGUUUGUUGUCUGUUGAUGGCAGUCACAUCCAGCAUUAUAUUUUAUCCAGCUGGCUGUUGCCUGGAAAAGAUAUCAUUCUAGCAGUUUCCUGGUAAAGGUCUUGGACAAAGGUGUUAAUUAAUAAAGUUAAUGAUAUGUUAUUCUUUCAGAAUGCAGAUAGUGAAAUGGAUUGGACAGCAGGCAGCCAGUCACCUAUAAGAUGGCAGAUUAGUGACUUGUGUCUUGCUCCAGAACAACCCAGCCAGCACCUUCAUGAAGCUGUAAUCAACUCUUUCUCUACACCAUACACCUGCAAGGUUACUUUCCUCAGAUCCAGACAACGGUAAAGCUUUAAUGUUGUUAUUAAAUCUAACAGAUUGUAAUAGUUGAAGCUCUCGCAAGCGAUGGCCAUGGACAAGUGGUCAUAGAGCUGGUUGCUUAUGAGAAUGAGCUCUCGUAAGUGACCGCAUGGUAAUACGAUAGAGGGUGGUUGCUUUCAAGAGCUUCAGAAAUUCGUUAAUAAUUCAUAAAGAAAAAACAAAAUAAAUUAGUUUUUAAUGAGUGUCUUUAUAUCUGAUAUAGACACAGCUAAACUUUACAUCCAAUUUUUUAGACCAUUAGCGCAGUGUGCAGUUUUAUUAGAGUGUUGAUUUAUGUGAAUAAGACUAUGAGUGGUCACUUAGUGGUCGCUUACAAGAGCCUAAAAACAAAGGAAAAGUCCAGUUGGGUAAUCCCAAAAGUGGUCGCAGUCCAGUAUGAGAGCUUUCAUUACAAAGUUUAAGUCACAGAUCAAAGGGGGUUUUAAUUCAUAAAAUGUAGUCAUAACUAGAGCCGGUCAAGGAGAGCUUCAGCUGCACUAGUAGGUGCCUAUUUUUUACUGGGUAAUUGUUAAUGUUAAAAGCACUGGCUCCUGGAUGAAGAAUCAGUGUUGCUGGGGGAGGUCAGAGCACUAGACUUACAAUCCAAGGCUAGGCCCUGAGUUCAAAUCCCCUUCUGACCAAUAGCUAGAUUUGUUUCUUGGUAUCAGUAGUCCUGAGUUCAACUCCUAGGUCACAAUAGCCAUUCUAACUAGUUUGCCUCUAGUCUGCGAAUAUAGCUGUCUCUCCUUGCACCUCACCACUAGGAACAUUUCACAGGAGAUGUCUGCCCCUUUAUGAUAGAAAUUCCCUACUGAUGUAAAAUCUGGUCAGGAGCUCUGAUUGGCUGAUGUAGUACAUUGAUUUAUGUCGUUAGUAUGGAACUUCUGUCGUUGAGGCACAAAUGUCUCUCCUACAUGUCCCUAGCGCGGAGAAGCAAGGAGAGGUAGCUCUAUUCGCAGCCUAGUUUGCCUCUUAUCAGUAAGGAUUUUUUAAAAUUUUGAAUCAUUUGUUUCGGUUAUUUACUCGGCCCUAUUUAUAAUUUUUUUUAUGAUAAUUAAUGCAAAGGGUAAGUAUAUAAAGAUUAUCUAUUUUUAUUUAUUGCUUUAUGUCAUACUUUUCCAGACAAGAUGUUGAUGUGUCAACACUGAAGCCGUCACAGCCAUCUCAUCAUCUGAGGAAUCAUCAUCGUCAUCAUCAUCACCCUUACACCUCUGAACAAAGAUACCCCAUGUCAGGAUCUCCAUUUUCUAGUUAUCCAUUGUCUUCAAACUAUAACCCUUCUGUAAGUGAUGUAAACACUUUGUAAAGCUUAUCAUAACUGAUCAGCCAAUUUAAUAUUAUGCUCAUAGUAUCUCAGUAAGUGAAUUUUAACCUAACAAGUCUAGUCAGAUUGACUGUUUAGGUAACAAGUUGGUUGAUUGAAGGAUUAUUUUUUGGGAAGGCAGGGGUGGGGAGUCCAAACCUCCUGCCUAAUGUACCUUGCAUCCCUGGCUUCUUCCCUUUUUAUCUUUGGCUUCUUCCAUUAAAACCCCUUUUUUGAUGGCGAAACACAUUGUAUUUAGCAUUGUUGCAUAGUAAAAAUUAUUUCCCUUAAUUCUCCCGCUUCCCAUCCUUUUAGACUCCCACCUCCUCCCUUUCCUCUCCAACUUCCCAUAGCCCUCCUGCUGCUGUUGUCCCCGGCUCCCACCCCCCUGUCCUUCCCCACUAUUUUGAGAGGGCGGACUGAUAUAUGACUGGGUAUAGAAAGAGGUGGAGCUGUAUUCUGCUAAUACCUUUGCUACCUAUUAAUUACCUCAAGUGUUUGCAAUACUAAGCAAUCAAGAGCAGACUCUGCUCCUCAGCCAGGUUGCUCUGUACAACACAGUCAUCUAGUAUCAAGGAGGGGUCAGUGUGGCUGAGUGGUUAGAGUGCUGGACCUGCAAUUCAGAGGCCCUGAGUUUUAGUCCUGCCCUAACCCCUAGCUGGAUUUGUUCACGGUAGUCCCGAGUUCAAAUCCUCGACCGCACUUGUAAAGAACCAGCUGGUUUGCCUCUGGCCAGUUAUCCCUGUUAUGUUUGAUUUGAACUAUUUGUUUCAGUAUUUGCUCAGCCCCACUAGCAUAAUUACUAUAAAUACUGCGGAGGGUAAAUAAAGGAAUUAUUAUUCACAUUUAUAUUAUUAAGUCUGGUUACUAACCAUUCAUUGUAUAAUUUUGCUCCUUCAGACAAACUUCUUCCCUCCUGCUCCUCCACCACCUCUGCCUCCAAACCUCCUGCCUCAUCACUGGCCAACUUUAAAUCCAUCAGGGCUUUCACCCUCCUCAAAUACAGUAAGCAUAACAUUCCUAAACAACAUAUUAUUUAGCUUUAAGUUUUUAAAAUUGUGUGGGCAUUGAAUUUUCUUUAGACAAAGUGUUUUGUAGAAUCGAUAGUGGAUGAACUAAUGUAUGAUGCUGACUAAUAAUUUUGCCAUGGGCUUGUGUUAGCAAAUUAAGCAGUUUGUAUAGGUUUGAACAGAAUAAUAAUAUUACUGUAAUCAGUUAAAUAAUUGUGUAUUUAGCAAACACCUCUAUUAACCCUUUCGCAUUCAGAAAUAGCCAAUGUCAAAAUUACCCAAAGUUGCCAGUUGAUGUGAAGAUUGAAACACAUGAAUUUCACUGCAGCCAUUAAUCUUGUAUUAAUUUGCCAUGAGAAUUUUGCCAUAAAUAAAAUUUUGAUCUCUUUACUGGUAGUACAUUAAUUUUAAACAACCAAGCAAUUAAACACUUAUUGUAUUAUCCUGACCUAUUGUAGUUCCAAUAUGCACCUAUGCCUCCUCCACCUGUGCCAGUCAACAAUAGUGAUAUAUCUCAUGACAAUGAUGCGCUAGCAAGCAUGUUAAUGGCCUGGUAUUUGAGUGGUUAUCAUACAGGUUACUAUCAGGUAAGAGAUCUUGCAAAGGUACUAACAGGAAAAUAGGGGAAAGAGAGAGAAGCCAGCAUGUUGUGGCCAACUAGUUACUGUGUAGGCACAGGGAGACCACCCUCUAUUAGUGUGGCCAUUGUUGAUUGAAAUCUGAGCAUCGAUAUUUUGUUCUUCAUAGCAGAAAAUUCAGAGGAACAUUAUGGUGGCUAUAAUUUGGUCCAAAAUGCAGAUUUUAACAUAAAUUGUUUCAAUAAAAGUUUGAAGAAAUUAAUGUUUACUGAGUCAUGAGUCAUGUUUAAGUUCUUUUAAGCGUUAUUUUGGAAGAUGAUUUUUUGACCUUGGGGUUAGAACUAAAGAAGGAGACUCCUAACUACCAGAGGGUGGUCUGCCUGUGGUAUAGGUCUUUUCAUCCAGUUAAUACUAUUUUACAUCACAAAUAAUCAUUAUGCUAGCCCAAUUCCUCCCUGGACUGUCUACUCUCUUACAUUUUCUUCUGCUGACUUCCAUUAUCUUAGCCACUGAAUUGAGCCAGUAGCUGGGGUUUAGCAAUAUCCCUGCUCACCACCUUAACUAUGGUGCAGGUUUGAUUUUCUGUCCUACUGUUCAUUAUAUCAUGAGUUCAGUUUGUUGCUAUUCUGAGCCCUGCUCAAGGGGUUUUCUUCAGUUUUCCUCCUCCAUAAAAAGUAUCAUUUCCACAUUCCAUUCCAUUUCAAUCAAUCAAUCAAUCAACCCUUUCUGUGACCAUGGUACCGCAGUCAUCAUCAUCAUCACCAUCAUCAUGAAGUGAUAAUUUUGUCUCAAAAUUCAGUCUAGAUCCCACUUGUCCACUUAAUCACAUCCAUCUUCGUCUCUUUUUUUCUUCCUUUUUGUAGGCUAUGCAAAACCUUCGCUGUGGUUCCAGUUUAAGAAACAAUGAAGCUCCAGUGUCUUCAACUGAUUCAGAUGUUAACAAGAAAGAUUCAAGUCAACCACCAACAACAUGAAAACAUGCGCACUUAUUUAUUACUAUUGUCUUAUAAGAGGGUUUCCUGUAACAUGGUGGACUUAUUUUUUGUAAAGAGGUGUUUGCAGUGAAUAAAUAAAACACAAGAUCUGUCAAACGAUGUUGUAUGUAGGGCUCAGCCUAAUUAGUUCCCCCAAAAAUUAUUUCAAUAACAUUCUUUCCAUCCUAAGAGACAGGGUUUAAUGGUCCAUCUGGGUUUCCUUAAUCUAAUCAUGCUUAAGUAUUACUGAUAAGACUUCACAGGAGUGUGGAUCACAAUAAUAGAGAGCUUUAGAUUUGAGGACAAGGACUACUUUGAGUACAAGAUUUUACUUUGUUUUUUCGCGUAUUGUCAAAAAAUAUUCAACCUGGCAAGC